AUGGGCCCCCGUACCACCUCCUCAUGCUGCUGCCAGGCCUGUAAUCUGCCAUGGGCACCUGUACCGCCUCCUCAUGCUGCUGCCAGGCUCUAAUCUGCCAUGGGCCCCUGUGUACCGCCUCCUCAUGGCUGCUGCCAGGUCCAGAGUGUGUCAUGGGUCCCCUGUAACGGCCUCCCAUUGCUGCCCCCUGUCUCCAUCGCCACACUCUGCCAUGUGCCACUUUCAGGUCUCCUCACACUGCUGGUGGGUUCCAUUUUGUCAUAGGGUGCUGUAUGGCCUCCCAUUGCUGCUGCCUCCUCCGCCACACUGUGGCUCCACACUCUGGUUUUGGCCCCGUGACUGCCCAAAUGAGUGAAGUGUGCGGUGAUUCUAAGAUCGACGGCACUCAUCUGCAUGUCAUACUGACUGACAGUAUUAUUUCUCUUCCCCAGCAGACUCCAAGGGCAUUUAAAUUAAAGGUACAGUGUUCUGCACUAAUAUAA